UUUUGGUUUAAAAAAAUUACUUUCGUAUUUUCCGGAUAUCACAAAAUUUUUUUUUCUUCAAAAAUUCACGAAAAUGGCUGAAUCCAAUGUUUUGGAGAACGAAAAGCCUACCAAAGGUAAUAAAGUUACAAAAAUAGUUCACCAGCAGUAUAGAGUUUUGGAGGAUACAGCAGAUGAAAUAGCUACUCUUCCUCCAAAGAGUUAUAAUGAACAAUUGAACAAAUUGGCAGUAAUGGAUGAACAGCUUAGUACUUUUUUGAAGACUGCAAAGAGUUUAAUGAAUGUGUAUUUAGAAGGUGUAAAGGAGUGGCGGGGAGUACUUAGGAAGGAUACAUCCAUGCAUCCAAAAAUUGUGGAACUAAUGAAAGAACGUAAAAUCAGUACCACUAAGCCAUCCACUAAGCCAUCAAGCGACUUUACACCUCAAGCCGAGAACGAGGAUGUCGAAGAAUUAAAUUAAACUCAAUUUUAUUGCCUGUAACAAUUUGAAAUUGACAUGGCCUUCCAAAAUUUUUCAAAUAUUUUAUAAAUUUACAUCUACUUAUAUGUCAAUUGUUAUGACGUAGGAAGGAGCAAUGUAGAAGAAAUCAAAAAUGACACGAGGUGCAUCCUUGGUUUUAUCAUGAAAAACCAAGUAUUUUUUGGAAAAAAUUUGUAAUCUAUUAACUUAUCUCACAUUUUGAAUUAUAUUGGAGAGAUACCUUCUCUCGUUCGUUAUGCCAAUCUUGUUCACUUACUAACAUAUUAAAGACCUAAUAAUAAAUAGCGUAGAAAAAAAAA